AUGGCUGACUUUGCGGAGUGUCUUAUAGCUCUGUCGCUCUUGGCUGUUCUGCCAUUAGUCCGGCGAUAUGCAUAUGAGGCUUUUCUGUACAGUCAUCUCGCCCUUGCUAUUAUAUUGGCCAUCGUUUUAUGGGAACACCUGCAAUUGAAACGUCGUUUCAGCAAGAUCCUUCUGCUCCUGGCCUCGGUUUCUUUCCUCAUCACUUCAGCACUAUCAUAUUUGCAUCAAGCGUAUCGCAACAUAUCAUGGACUUCUUCAGGAUUGAAGCUCGUUCGGGCUUGCUGGUCCCAACGAUUUGGAGAUUCCUUGAUCGUCGAACUGAAACUCAGCAGAUCUCUCCAUGUUAUACCUGGUCAACACAUUUUCCUCACGUUCCUGACACUGCGGUAUGGUUCGAUGUUCCAACGCCACCCACUGAUGGUGACCUGGUGGCGAACACUGCCCGGAGAAACGGAGGCUCGUUCGAUAUUCGUAGUCAUUCGACAACAGCGAGGCUGGACCAGGCGGCUUCUCACGUCACAGUCCUCUUUCACUGGGUGCGCGGCCUGGAUCGAUGGGCCGUUUGGAACUUCGUACGAUCUACAGGAGUACGGUACCGUCCUGAUGUUUGCCUCGGGCGAUGGCAUCUUCGCUCAGCUUCCGUUCAUCAAAUCCUUGACCGAGGACUCAAAGCGGGCAGCUAUCAAAACUCGGCGCAUCAAGCUUGUCUGGCAGACCGAGGAAUACCAUGGCCAACUACAACAGUGGAUGCAAAGCAUCCUCGACGAUGAAGAAGUCAGCUUGGAGGUCAGUCGGAAGUGCACGGAUGGUGACGAUAUACUAACCAACGAAUGCUAG